GAGGGAACCUUACCUAAAUGCGGCACUGAGUCAGUGAAAUAUUUUGGUUUUGUGGCAAUUUUCCCGAGAAAAAUGUCUCAAAAUGCUAAAGAAUUGGAAAAAAUCAUAAGUACACAGCGUGAACAGUUGACCAGAUAUGAAACCCGUCUGAAAGAUGUAGUUGCUGCUUACAAGGGGCUUUUGAAGGAGAAGGAAGCCCUCGAAGUGAGUCUUGCAACACUCAGCAAGAAGGACUCUACGCAGGAGAAUGGCCAGUCUAAGGACACAGAGCCGGACAAUUUGCAGUUGCAAAUAGCCACGUUGAUGAGUUCUCUGGCAACUUUGUCUGCAGAAAAAUCCCGGAUGGAAGCAAGUUUUCAGGCAGACAAGAAACUCCUGAGGCAAGAGAUUCAGCAGAAAGAUGCCAGCCUGAAGGAAAUGCAGGAGAAACUCAAAACUGCAAGCACUCAGUCUAGCUUUGAUGUGGAGACUAUUAAGUCUAAGUUGAUUGUUGAGAGGCACGAACGGGAAAAGAAUGACAAUGACCACAUGAUGAUGAUUAGGGAACUUCAGAAAUUACUGUCAGAUGAGAGGCAUCUUAAAGAGAACCUGGAGAUGCAGAUAAACGAUUUGAAGAAUCAAUUUGCUACGACUAACUACAGCGACAAGACCAUCAAGGAACUGACCUCUGAGUUGGAUGCUGCCAGGAAGAAGAUCAAGAAGUUGGAGAAAAGUGAUAGUGUGAUGGGAAAUGAGAAUUCCGCGAUGGUUUUGCAGCAGCUGCAGAAUGAAAUUUCCUUCCUCAAACAGCAGCAUGCGGCUGCCAUCAAAAGUGAACAGAAAAGAGCAAUCCUGGCAGAAGAGAGAACCAAGAAACUCGAAGCUCUGCAUGAGGAACGCGUGGCGAGUUUGGAAUCUCGCUUGGCUGAGCUAUCAAAAUCCGUAGGAAGCUAUGAUAGGCUGAGGCAGCAGGACCAAGACAACAUUCACAAACUCAAAGAGAGAAUAGCACAAUUCGAUACUCCCGAUCCCAAUCCCAGUCAAAACACCCAGGAAACGAGGAAACCAAUGAAAGUCAAUGAACUCGUGGACGAAAUUAUCCGCCUCAAGAAGAUUCUCAUUGUGGAAAAUGCCAAAAUUCCCAAUCCCAUCGAUGUAUCAAGAAUAUUUGCUUCUGCAGCAAAUGAUCAUGGGAUGUGCAUGGAGGAGCAACUGAAGCUCCGAAGAGACCUAGAAAACAUCCAAAUGGAGAAUGUCGAAUUGCGAAAGAGCAUUGAAGUUCAAAAGUCCCACAUUCAGACACUCCAGGAGAAAGUUAAAGUGCUCAACAGAAAUAUUGAUGAACAGGAAAUGGAGCUGAAGACAAAAUCUUCUGAUCAUGUGAAUGAAAUUCGAGCCGAACGAGGCAAAUGGAAGGAAGUUACAGCAGCUCUUGAAGCGGACUAUCGUUCGAGAAUAGCUGAAUUGGAGCAGCAUUUGCAGAAGCAGCGAGAUCGUUCGCUGGUUCUUCUGGAGGAGAAAGAAAAUGAGAUUCGUGCCCUGAGAACUUCUUUCAACAUCUUCAUGCCACCAGGAGAAGAUGCAGCAGAAACCAGCAGCCAAGGAUCAGGGGAUCAAAAAGCACAUGGAACUAUCCUAGCCACACCGGGAGCGUCGAAUGUCGAAGAGUAUCACAUGCUGCAUUAUGUGCACGAACUGGCCAGGAAGGAUGUCGAGAUAUCAGCCCUGAGGAAGGCCAAACAUUCCGCUGAAAGUUCUCUAAGGCAAGCUCUGCAGGACAAAGUGUCGAUACAAGAGGAGCUUUUUGAUAAAAUCAGCCAACUGGAGGAGGAUGUUGAUAGGCUCGAAAGAUGCAAAUCUCGCGAAGGUGCCAAUUUAGAGUACCUCAAGAAUGUGACACUGAGUUUUCUGGCCACAAAUGACAACGUGAGCAAGAGGCACAUGCUGAAUGCCAUUGGAGCAGUCCUGAAAUUCAGUCCAGUCGAAAUGAAGUCCAUCAACAAUUAUUUUACCAAGAAACUGUAAAUGCUGUUAAAUAUUAAAGUAUUAUUUAUUGUUCACA